GUCCAUAGAAGAAGCAACGCUUCUCUACAACACCGAAGUUUAAGCAAGCAAGGAACAUAAGACAAACGCAAAAGAGUGAUUGUGAGAGGCAGAGAAAUGGAUCAACAGCAGCAGCAGCAAUUGCUCUUACAGCAGCAGCAACAAGCACAACAUCAACAGCAACAAUUUCUUCUCUUACAGCAAUUACAAAAACAAGCGCAACAACAACAGCAGCAACAACAACAAGCGGCAGCUAUUUCGCGAUUUCCUUCCAACAUCGAUGCCCACCUCCGCGCCCCGGGCCUCCACCGCCCGCUCAAUCUCCCGCAGCAAAACCCUAACCCUAAUCCUAAUCCCAAUUUGCAGCAGCAAGGAUCUAAUUUAGGGCAAAAUGCUGCACAGCAAUUACAGCAUUCUCAGCAACAACAGCAACAGCAACAGCAACAGCAACAGCAGCAGCAGCAGCAGCAGCUACAGCAGCAACAGAAGGGGAUCCGGCCCCCAUUGAACCAGGUGGAGCUCCAGAUGGCUUACCAGGACGCUUGGCGGGUCUGCCACCCUGAUGUCAAGCGGCCUUUUUCUUCUCUUGAGGAUGCUUGUGAAAGGUUACUACCUUACCAUGUAGUAGCAGACUAUGAAGCAGAGGAGGAUGAUAGAAUCCUUGAUUCAGACACAACAGGUCAGAUGCCAUCUCGCUCUCAACAGUGGGACCACAAUAUUGCAACCAAAGUUGCAGAGUUCACAGGCACAUUUGAGAAACAAGCCCUAGCCUUCAACAUUAUAACUCGCAAGCGAACUUUGGGGGAAUUCCGAUCUGAGGAGAGAUUGAUGAUUGAGCAGAUUCUCCUUCAGGAGGAGAAACGAUUCCUGUUGGAUCUGAAAACAGAAAUGGAUGCUAGGGAGAAGGCUGGUCGGGAGGCUCAGUUUAGAAUGGCAGCAAUGGUUCAGGCAGAGCAAGCUCGUGCAGAAUCACAUGUUCACUGUGAAAUGAUGGCUCGAGCCCCAAUAAGGGCAAGUGUGCUUGGAUCUCAAGGCAACAAUGUGUCAAUUGGUCCUGACAUGGGAGAGCAGGAACAUGGUGUAAACCCUGAUCAAAUGAUGAAUGGUUGGGGAAACAAUGUACAAAGAGAUGAGAAGGAGCCAUCUGAAGAUUUCUUGAAUGAUGAGGAGACCGAAAAUGGAGACACUGGCACUCAAGGAGAAUGGCGAGAAGUUGGGGAAUUUGACUUGAACUCGAGAUGAAACCAUGAAGAUUUGUUGGUAAUAAAAUCUGUCCAUGGAUUUACCUUCAUGAUAUGUGAAUGAGAGAUUUGCAUUAAUUAUUCUGAUUUUACUACUCUGGAAUCUAUGGAGUACGGAAUAAACGGUAGUUUUGUAAUAUAUUGCAUUUAUUUCAGCAUAUAACAGAUUCAUAGAAUUUUCUUUUGUAGCUGGAAAACUUUGAAGUUACUUUUGUACAUUUGUUAGUUAAUUGAUACUUGGCAUGUUUGCUAAUUGAAGCUUCAA